AUGGCGGCAUAUCCUGUCAAGUAUCCGGUCAAGUCAUCCUUAAAAUACAGGCUGUAUUCCCCAACUGCAAUGACGAAUGCAUUUAGAGCUGUCAAGGAACAGCAGAUGUCAGUGUGUAGGGCAUCCAUUCAAUUUGGUGUGCCAACUACUUCACUUAGACAGAGGGUAAGGGGAAGAGUUGAUCCAGAAGUGAUUUCAUCAGGACCCUCUCCCGUUCUGUCCCAAGAAGAAGAAGCCAUGUUUGUUGACCAUUUAAAGUUUAUGGCUAGUGUAGGUUAUGGCUACACUCGGAUGGAAGUUGUGAACAUGGCGUCAGAAUAUGCGGUUUGCCUACACAAACGCGACAAAGAACAUCCCUUCUCCAUGAAGUGGUUUGAAAGUUUUAUGAAACGGUGGCCAGAACUUAACGUUUCGAAACCAAGAGCUUUGUCGUUGGCUAGGGCUAAAGCAACCAGCCAAGAGGUAGUGACCACCUAUUUCAAAGAACUCGAAAAUGUUCUACAUAAACACAGUUUGAUGGACAAACCACAACAUAUUUAUAAUGUUGAAGAGAAAGGCCUACAAACAGAAAAUUCUCCCCCAUUCGUAGUUGGCUGCAGGGAAACCACAACACCAGCUAUAACAUCAGCUAGAACAGCUACUACCACUGUUAUUGGGUGUGGGAAUGCUUUGGGAGCACAAAUACCACCAUAUUUUGUAUUCAAAGGGGAACGCAUGAGGGAGGAACUGCUGGAAGGACGAACACCUGGAGCUGAAGGUACAGUUACUCCCACAGGAUGGUCAAACAGAGAAGUGUUUGAAAGUUACCUUCAAAACCACUUUCUCAAAUAUGUGCAGGGAAGAGACAAGGACCAACCAAUAUUGGUAUUGUAUGAUGGCCACAAGUCCCACAUCUCUUUGCCUUUGAUAAACUGGGCAAAAGAGCAUAACAUCAUAUUGUUUGUACUGCCAGCCCACACCAGCCAUAUUUUACAGCCCCUGAAUGUUGGUUGUUUCGGCCCUUACCAGCGAAUUUUCAACUCUGAAUGCCACAAGUUCAUGCGUCACAAUCCUUCGUCCAGAAUUACGAGGUACAACAUCUGCUCUCUGGCAUGUAAGGCAUAUACUCAUGCUUUGUCCCCUGAUAACUUCAAGUCAGCAUUUCAGAAAUCAGGUAUUUUCCCAUUCAAUCCCACUGCAGUAGAUUCUGCCCAUUUCAAACCAGCAACAGUAUAUAAAUCUAAAGGUCCAUCUCCAUGUAAUGCAGAGCCCAUAGAGUUGCAUGAUGUACAGGAAUUGACUGUCAAUGGCUCAGAUACAUGUCAACGUGAUUUUUUUGUGAAGAAAAUGGACUGCAUUCAAAUGAAAUCAGUAGACAGUAUUAAACAGAGGAGAGAUCUAAGUACAAUUGUUGGUGGAAAGGCCAUCACUGAAGAAAUCACUGUCAAAAAAAUUGAGGAACACCACAAAAAUGUCAAUUUAAGUACAGAUCAGGCAAAAAUUGUGAAAAAAAAUCCAACAAUAAAUAAAAAGAGAAAAGUAUCUGCUACAAUAACAGAAAAACUGUAUAAAAUACCGAAAGUGUCCAAACUGCAGGAUAAUCCCAACCCAGGCCAAUCUGGACUUCAAAUCCUUCCAGUCUCCGACUGCAGUGAUUUUAGUUUAACUGAUGAUGAGGAUGAUGAAAAGUGUUGUGUUUGUGGAAGGUUCGAGCCUAUCGAACUGACCAAUUGUGUGUCACUCAUAUUUACAAAAUGGGCACAGUGUGAUGUAGAGAAAUGUGGUCACUGGACACAUUUACAGUUUUGUUGUCCGCAAAGAGUUGUGAGAAGAGGUGAUCGCUUCUGCUGUCCAUGUCACAUGGCAGUGGAAGAGUAG